UUCCAUCGGGGUUCAAGGUUCAAGCCUAUCAUUCGUUACAGAAAUGUUAAGAAAAAUGGUGGGGUGAAUGAAGUGAAUGUUUUUGCCGGAAUAAAUCAUCAAUACAUUGUAAACAAGUUUUAUGUGUGGGUGUUUGUGUGUGGCAAUUCGCUUCAAACGAAUUUGAAUAUCCGCAAUGAAGGUUUUUGGGUUAUACUCGAUGUUAUCGGUAAUUGUGGUUACUAUAGACGUAUGCGUUGCCAACGUACCAGCAGCUUUUCAAGUAUUCUAUACUGAUUCAAAUAAAGACGAUGCACUGGAAAAUAGUGUUGAUGGUGAAAAUAAUUUUUCCGCCACAGAAAAUGAAUUCACCAAGCUUAGAAUCGAAUACAUCAAAAAUCAAAUUUUGAAAAAGUUGAGGCUCAAAGAGAAACCCAAUAUUUCUGUAACCGAUUUGCCAAAGCCAGUUAAGGAAUAUGAACACUUUUUGCCAUCACAUGAUGCAAAUAUCCAGAGCAGCUUUUCUGAUGAUUUUUAUGGAAAAACUACUCAGGCCAUUAUAUUCCCAUACGAAGAUGAAGCUCGUUGCCUGAGAACUAUUCGUUUUCCUUCAGCCUGUCUACCUUUCCAAAUGCCAAAUGACAUUCAUAGUGUGGACGUCAAUACCGCAGAAUUAUGGUUCCACAAGGAAAGUGAUUUCCUAGAUGAGCAUAACCAAACGUUCAUCAUUUCGGAAGUAGCUCAUUGGGAUACAAAUAGAAGCUUUCAAAAGACCACACCUAUUGCUAUUCAGGAAACAAGCUUGAAUGAGGGGUGGUUGAAAGUGGAUGUCUCUUAUGUGGUCAAGAAUUGGUUGGAGUACAAAAAUUCACCAAUCCAUGCAAUCAGUGUUGUCUGUAAAACAUGUGGAAUGGAUAAAUAUCAAAGUCCGAUCUCAUUUAGGAAUGAUUUGAAACCAUUUUUGGUUAUUUACACUCAUACUCAACAGAGGAGGUCGUACCUUCACAGAAGACAGAGAAGGUCUUCGAACUGUGAACCUGGAAUCAAAGAAUGUUGUAGGGAAAGUUUAUAUAUAUCUUUCGCUGAAAUUGGUUGGGAUGACUGGAUAAUACAACCCGAAGGUUACAAUGCACACUUCUGUAGAGGUUCAUGUUUAACAGCGUCUGCCAUGACACUUAGUGCAUCUCAGCAUAACAGCAUAUUACAGAAAGUUAUGUACGGGCAAAACAGGUACCAUGAUACUCGUCCAGAGCUAACUCCAUGCUGUGCAGCGACCCAAUUUAGACCGUUACAACUUGUAUAUAUGCACAGUAAUAAGACGCUGACAACAAAACUUCUAUCCAACAUGAUAGUGGAAACUUGUGGUUGCAUGUGACCGACGCAGAUAACAAGACAGUGAUAGUUCAUGACAGUAUUCUGACUCUAGUGGCAUUGAACGUUUUCCAGUGAGGAUUGGAAUGGACACUAGCUAAACACAAAUUCAAUUUUUAUUUUUCGUUAAUAGUACCCGAGCAGAUAACAAGUAUUUCAUUGAUAUUAUGAUGAGAAAUAAUUCGUGAAAGCUACACCAGAUUGAAGCGGCUAACGAAGACAGUAGGCUGGAUAUUUGAACUUGGACGAAAAUGGUAUAAAGUCAUAUUGAGAUAAUUUGAGAACUGAUAUAUCUCUACAGAAUGAGAAAACAAUUUCAGAUUUUAGCGAUGCCUUUUUCAUUUCUAGAAAUAAUCUGAUUUCCUCUGAACUUACCUUACAAAAAUGUCUCACUAAUUGUAAUAAACAAAUUAUCUAAAAAAGUUUUCAGAAGUAAAAAAUACUAAAUUU